AUGCCUCUUACCAACGGAGAUGUCGCCAGCAACGGCACUACUCUCAACCGCAAAAUCGAGAAGUUGGACUACCGCAAAGCCCGAGAAGUUCUCGAGACUGAAUAUGAGUCUCGAGACGGCCUUGACGUGCAGACUCUCCUUGACUCGACCAAGAAUGGCGCUCUGACAUACAACGAUUUCCUUAUUCUGCCUGGAUAUAUCGGUUUUCCCGCCUCAGAAGUGACUCUCGAUUCGCCUGUCACCAAGCGUAUCUCCUUGAAAACUCCUCUCCUCUCCUCUCCUAUGGACACUGUUACAGAAGAUUCUAUGGCCAUUCACAUGGCCCUGCUGGGUGGUCUGGGUGUUAUCCAUCACAACUGUUCUGCAGAGGACCAGGCAGAUAUGGUUCGAAAGGUCAAGAGAUAUGAAAACGGGUUCAUUUCCGAGCCUGUCGUUCUCUCCCCAAAGACUACGGUGGGUGAAGCCAAAGAAUUGAAAGAGAAAUGGGGUUUUGGUGGAUUCCCGGUGACCGAAAAUGGCCAACUCAAGUCCAAGUUGAUUGGCAUUGUUACAACACGAGACAUCCAGUUUCAUCCUCGCCUCGAUGACUUGGUCACGGAAGUGAUGUCUAAGGAUUUGAUCACAGCCCCGGCGGGGACGACCCUGGCCGAGGCCAAUGCUGUGCUACGUGAAUCAAGAAAGGGUAAAUUGCCCAUCGUUGACAACAACGGCAACCUGAUUUCUCUUCUCUCACGGUCCGAUCUCCUCAAAAACCUCAACUAUCCGCUGGCCUCGAAGUUGCCUCAUUCGAAGCAGCUGAUUGCCGCCGCGGCGAUUGGUACUCGACCAGAUGACCAGAUGAGACUUCAGAAACUGGUUGACGCCGGCCUUGAUAUUGUUGUUCUUGACAGCAGCCAAGGAAACAGCGUCUAUCAAAUCGAGAUGGUCGAAUAUAUCAAGAAGAAGUACCCGCAGCUUGACGUCAUCGCCGGAAAUGUGGUGACGCGUGAACAAGCCGCCAACCUCAUAGCAGCCGGCGCCGAUGGGCUAAGAAUUGGCAUGGGCAGCGGCAGUGCUUGCAUUACUCAGGAAGUCAUGGCGGUGGGCCGACCUCAAGCCGCAGCUGUUUUUGCCGUGUCGUCUUUUGCGGCUCGAUUUGGAGUCCCCUGCAUUGCUGAUGGCGGCAUCCAGAACGUUGGUCACAUCGUGAAAGGUCUGGCCAUGGGUGCUUCCACCGUCAUGAUGGGUGGACUUCUUGCCGGCACCACCGAAUCUCCAGGCAACUACUUUGUUAGUCGCGAAGGCAAGCUUGUCAAGGCUUACCGAGGAAUGGGCAGUAUCGACGCCAUGGAGGAUAAAAAAGCUAGUGGAGGGGCUAAGAACUCCAAAGCUAGCAACGCCGGCACAGCAAGAUAUUUCUCAGAAGGCGACCGCCUCUUGGUUGCCCAAGGCGUGUCGGGGGCUGUACUCGAUCGAGGCUCCGUCACCAAAUUUGUCCCCUACCUCUUGGCCGGGCUUCAACAUUCUCUUCAGGACAUCGGAUCUAAGAGCUUGAUCGAGUUUCGUGAGGAUGUAGUUAGCGGCAAAGUUCGAUUUGAACUCCGAACUGUCAGCGCGCAAGCGGAAGGGAAUGUCCAUGGCCUCGACAGUUUCGACAAGAAGCUCUACUCGUAA